UAUAAUUACAUAUGCCAUACCCAAAACAUAUAGCCCACUGCCCGUCCUUGCCUAAAAUCAUUUCUGUUUCUUGUUUCCGCUGUUUCGUUAAUCUGUUUCUUCUUCUUCUUCUUCUUCUUCUUCUUCUUCUUCUUCUUCUUUUUUGUCUGUUACUCUCUGAAGCUGGAUCCUCUUCAAUUCAUUCAUUAAGCAGUCUGAGUUGUUGUUCUGUACUGUAAUUCAGAUCCUAUAUAUGCUCAAGGUUUCGCCAUCAUCUUAAUUAGUGCAUAUAUAGUCAAGCUGGAUAGCUUCAGUUCUUGUAAUCCUUAGUCGCACAAUUAUAAAAAACCUCUAAAGCAUGUAACUUUAGUUCUCCUAGCUUCUCCUUUCCACCAAAAAAAUUAAAAAAAAAUCUUUUUUUUUCCAUUUGUUAUGUUUCCUGCCGGAUUCUGAUUAUUCUGAGGAUCAAACGAUCUGGCCGUUAAACUGAAUAUCGUGUAGCUAAACAUUUAAAAAAGCCAAAAAAUCAUGUAAUUACUUCUCCUUUGAAAGAAACCUAGCUCAUCUAAUAAAACAAAAAACAAAAAAAAAACAAAGGAAAACUAUCGGAGAUGCCGGAAUUUGAAUCACCAGUAUCGGCGCCGGCAACGCCGGGGACACCAACGCCGCUAUUCUCGUCGAUUCGAGUGGACUCAAUGGAGUCUAAUUAUGAUCGAAAGUCAAUGCCCCGAUGCAAGUGCUUGCCUUUGGAUGCUCCAACAUGGGGCACCCCUCACACGUGUCUUUCUGACUUCCCUGCACCAGACGUCUCCCUCACCCGCAAGUUGGGAGCAGAGUUCGUGGGGACAUUUAUCCUUAUAUUUGCUGCAACAGCUGGGCCAAUUGUGAACCAGAAGUACAGCGGCGUAGAAUCUCUAAUAGGAAAUGCAGCUUGCGCUGGGCUGGCCGUUAUGAUCGUGAUUCUGUCAACAGGCCAUAUUUCUGGAGCACAUCUUAAUCCGUCGCUCACCAUCGCAUUUGCAGCACUUCGUCACUUUCCGUGGGUUCAAGUGCCGGCCUAUGUUGCAGCGCAGGUUUCAGCAUCCGUUUGUGCUUCUUUUGCUCUCAAGGGUGUUUUUCAUCCUUUCAUGUCUGGUGGCGUUACUGUUCCUUCCGUAAACACUGGCCAGGCUUUUGCUCUCGAAUUCCUCAUCACAUUCAAUCUCCUUUUUGUUGUCACUGCUGUUGCUACCGACACCCGCGCGGUGGGAGAGUUGGCGGGCAUUGCAGUUGGAGCUACAGUCAUGCUCAAUAUUCUAGUGGCGGGGCCAUCAAGUGGUGCUUCCAUGAAUCCAGUAAGAACUUUGGGACCAGCCGUUGCAGCAGGAAAUUACAAGUCAUUGUGGAUAUACUUAGUGGCUCCAACUCUGGGGGCUCUUGCAGGGGCAGCUGUUUAUACGCUCGUCAAACUUCGAGGGGAUGAUAGUACUGAGACACCACGCCAGGUUAGGAGCUUCCGCCGCUAGCCUGCUGAAGGAAGGGUGUUGUUCCAACUUCUAAUAGCUUAUCUUAUUAUACUAUUGCGUGCUUGAAAAUAAAGGUGGAGGACUCGGAAAAUGUGACUUCCAGUCUCACUACCAAAAACAAUUUACAGUUGCAUUUGGCACUCUUUCUCCUCAUUCGCUAUGUGUGGAUGGCUUGAGGAAGGGGCUGAUAUUCGCUUGUGGUCUGCGACCUUUUUUCCUUUUUUUAUGGUUUGCUGUGUGAGAAACUUUGCUACGUUAUAAUUCUGUGUGAUGGUAAUAAGAAGCUUUCUGAGCUGCUACUUGUUUAUGA